UUUUCCUCCGUCUUGUAUAUUCUCGGCGGUACUGGCCGUGAAAAAUGAAGGGGGAUAUAUAUACACACUAAUCGACGUGUGCGUGUGCCCACUCUGCUGUUGCCGCUGUGCACUGCUUACUAUAUAAGGGACAAUUUGGCGAGCAGAGUGGCCAUACGUUUGCGGAGACUUGUCGAGGAAUCAGCUAUAGUUCUAUACAGUUCUAUUCUAAUAAUAGAAACACACACACGUAGCGGCCAUGGCAAUCAGCAACUUGAAAGUUGCCGUCCUCUUCCUCACGUUGAUUGCGGUCGGAUGUGAGGCUGCCCCAGUCGAUUCUGAUGUCAUGGCGGAUGCGCCCAUCGUCCUUCCGACUCCCGUCAUCGUCGGCGAGAAUUCAGAGGUGAUCCAGUUCGACACUUUGCCCCGGGAAAUUCAACAGCAAGUCGUUGAGGCCCUUCACAAGGAACACGAACAAGUGGAGGCCCGCAACAAGGUCCAAAAGCAAUUGGAAGAAUUCGAUAAAAAUAAAAUCGUCCUGCCCGCACCCGUCAUCGUUGGCGACAACUCGGAGGUGAUCCCAUUUGAAACGCUCCCGCGUGAAAUUAAGCAACAAGUGGUCGAAGCCCUUCACGACGAAUACGAGCAAGUCCAAGCCCGGACCAAGGUGAGGCAACAGUUGGAAGAAUUCGAUAAGAACAAGAUCGUCCUUCCGGCUCCGGUCAUUGUUGGCGAAAAUUCCGAGCAGAUCCCGUUCGAAACUCUCCCGCGGGAAAUUAAGCAACAAGUGGUCGAGGCUCUGCACAACGAGUACGAGCAAGUUCAGGCUCGUACUAAAAUCAGGCAACAAAUCGAAGAAUUCGACAACCACAAAGACAAGAUCGUCCUUCCGGCCCCCGUCAUCGUAGGUGAAAAUUCCGAGCAGAUCCCGUUCGAAACGCUCCCGCGGGAAAUCAAACAACAAGUGGUGGAAGCCCUUCAUAAAGAAUACGAAGAGCAAGUGGAGGCCCGGACCAAAGUCAGGCAACAACUGGAAGAAUUUGACAAAAAUAAAAUCGUCCUGCCCGCACCUGUCAUCGUCGGCGAGAACUCUGAGCAAAUUCCAUUUGAAACGCUCCCGCGUGAAAUUAAACAGCAAGUGGUUGAAGCCCUCCAUAACGAAUACGAGCAAGUUCAAGCUCGGACCAAGGUGAGACAACAACUUGAGGAAUUUGACAAAAAUAAAAUCGUCCUGCCCGCACCCGUCAUUAUUGGUGAAAACUCUGAGCAGAUCCCAUUCGAAGCCCUCCCGCGUGAAAUUAAACAACAAGUGGUGGAAGCCCUUCACAACGAGUACGAACAAGUCCAAGCCCGUACUAAGGUGAGACAACAAUUGGAAGAAUUCGAUAAGAACAAAAUUGUCCUUCCGGCUCCCAUUAUCGUCGGUGAGAACUCUGAGCAGAUCCCGUUUGAAGCACUCCCGCGUGAAAUCAAACAGCAAGUGGUCAUCGCUCUUCACAAAGAAUACGAAGAACAAGUGGAGGCCCGCAACAAGUUGCAGAAAGAGCAUCCGCUGGAGGCAGCCAACGAUCCAUCCAAACAUCAGGUCCAGCUGACGGCGGAACAAAAAACGGAAUUGGAAGCGAUGCUCAUCCAAGAGCAAAAAGUCAUCCAGGCCAUCAAAAAGCACCAAGACGGGCAGCAUUCGUCAUUUCAAACCAACGGAGAAGAAAUUGUUUCGUCUGACGCUCGACUGGCCCAGGAAUUGACUCGCAUGGCCGUCGACGACGGACAGGGAAAUCAAUUUGUCGACAUGGAUAAUCUGCCGGAAGGAAUCAAGACUCAAGUCGCCGAUCUCUUGAUCAAACAGCAACAGCUGGAACAGGACAAGAAAGUCGUAGAGGAGAACAAGGUCGAAGAAUCAAAGCAACAAGAGAAACGACCGACCGAGAAUGCCGAUGACAAGCAAGCCGGAAGUCAACUGGGCGGAAUCUUGGGAACUUUGAUUGGCGGAGCUAUUGGAGGCUACCCUGCUCAAGGCGGUUAUCCUCAAGGUGGUUACCCUCAACAAGGUGGUUACCCAGGUGGCUAUCCAGGAGGCUACCCUCAACAGGGAGGCUACCCCGGCGCUGGUUAUCCGGGCGGAGGCUAUCCAGGCGGAGGCUAUCCAGGCGGAGGCUACCCUCAACAAGGUGGAUAUCCUGGCGCUUACCCCGGAGCUGGAUACCCUCAACCAGGAGGUGGUUAUCCCGGUGGUGGUUAUCCCGGUGGUGGUUACCCCGGAGGUGGUUAUCCCGGAGGACAAUAUGGCAACCGUCCCAACCGGCCAUUGGGUCCCGGCUACGGCAAACAUUGGGGCUUUAACGUUCCUCAAUUGUACCAAUCGCCAUCAGCACCCCAGCAGCGGCCGUACGCGAUUCUAGUCAGUCGUGAACAACUGGCCGAGAUGAUGGCCGGUGCUGGUGGAUCGGCCAACGACGGCGAGAUCGUCUUGGCCCAGCCCAAUUUCGUCAAAAAGAUCAACCCGCAAUUCCAUCAUGAUCCUUACGCUGCUGCCCAUUACCCGCAACAAUUUUACCAGCCACCCGCCAUGAAAUACGGCCAGUAUCGAUACCAUCCGGCCGACAUCCAGCAACGAAGACCGCCAUUCCAUUUCCGACCCUACCAUCCCGAUUUUGUCAACCCGUACUUUUAUUGAAUCCCCCCGCCAUUCGUCCCGCAGAACUGUUUGGUCUAAAAAUUUUUGUUUUCUGGUUUUUUGAAUAACUUAUUUUGCUGCAAGGAUUUGGGGUUUGCUUUUUACUUUUGGGAGGGAUUUGCUGUUUUGUGUGUCUGGUUUAAAAAUUGCAAUCAUUUCAAGUGGAAAUACAUUUGUAAACGCAUUCAAA